AGAUAUAAAUUUGUACAGUGCUUAUGUUAGAUAGUUUAUCAAGUAAUUUUUUGGUUAAUGUAUCAUUAAUUAUUAAAAAGAAAUGGAACUUUCAUCAACUAACAGCAGCAACUCUGAUGAUAUUCUUACCCAAGAACAUGAUGAGGCCAUUACCAAGUUUAUUGAUAAAUUACAAGAAGCUUCAAGGAGUCAAGUAGACCUCUUGCCUGAUGGAGCAGCAAGAGACUUCAUUCAACUCAUUGAAACCUACUGGGAUUCAAGCACUGCCGAUGCUAAAAAAAGAGAUAAAACUGUCCGUGCUGUCCUCUUCAUGAUGGAUGUGGUUCUGCCCAAGCUCUCAUGUGCCACAACUGAGUUUGAUUUCUUAGAAGCUGUUCUACCCCUACUCCAGUCCACUCUAAGUGCCAACAUGGCUGAACUGGAGUUGCUUGUGCAAACAGAAGAAGUUUUAGAUGAAGCUUUUUAUUCUCUUUUGUUGGGCUGUCUUGCAGUGGUACAAAACUGUCAACGAUUGUUGACAUUCACUGAAGGAUUGAGCAAUGCAACUCCCCAUCUUUGUCUUCCUUCAUUUGCCCCAACUUUGUUGCUGCAACUUGUCCAUGUUCCACUGGAGCAUUGCCAGACCAAUGGUGCAUGGUAUGAGGACAGAGAUAUGCUGGUCAAAGAGGCAUACAAUGAGCUGCUGGCAGCUUCUCUUGAAGCUGCAUCAGUUCUGCUCAACAGUUUGAGCAGCAUUUGUAAUCUUGCUGCUUGCAACAUUACUGCAUCAAUGCUGAUGGAAGUAUCAUCUAUGUGCCGCUUGCUGUCAUCUCUGUCACACAUGAAGGGUGUUGUAAAUGGCUGGAAAAAUAUUGCUUCAACUUGCUCAUCACUCAAGAGGAGCGAGGAUGCUCUGGCAUUCCUCAAUGAUGGGCUCGAUGUAAAGUUUGUUGUUGAGAAACUCAGCAUGGAACUCCAGGAGGGCCUGGAGCUGCUUUAUUCCCUGCUACCCCAUCAUCACUUGCACUUACAGGCAGAAGAGAGAGCAUCACAGCAGACUGUGGUGCGGCGCGUGGUGCGAAUGUGCACCAUGUGUGCUAAGGUGACAUCAUCAGUGGCUGACACAUUUCUUGAACAUUGUGGUGUUGCUGUGGUGUCCUCGCUGCUCCAUUUCUGCCUCAUUCUUGCACGGUGCAGCGUGUGUGUUACGCUGCUGGAGGCUCCAGCCCCACAACAGGAAGGCCAGGCCGUGUUGGGCGAGGGUCUCUCAGAGCCGAUGGUGCUGGCACUGCAGCUGCUGCUGACUACCCUCACUCCACAUACCUCGUUUGGCGGUGUUUUAUUAGACGCCAUUGCCUCGUGGAUAACGACUGCUAAAGAUCUAGAAGCUCGCUACAUGAGCCCUGAACGCACGGCUGUUGAUGACGAAGGAGACGCGACUGCAAUGAAGUUCACCUGGGGUGCCUGCUGCUCUGCUCCCCUGCUGCUGCUUUGUUACGUCGCUCUGGGGCUCCCUGAUGCCGUUACUCAACAACACAAAGCCUCAUCUUUGUCGCAAUUACCGUGUGUCCUGCUAGCGUCUUUCUUGUGCUACGUGCCUUAUUGCAGCGGUGUGCUCCACUCGUCGCUGGCGGUGCGUCUGGAGCGUCGUGACGGCGCUGCGGCGGACGUGUUGCCUCUGUACGAGACGACGCUCGUCGCGGCCAGCGUCGUCGUCACCGCAGUCACUGAUGCGGCCUGGCCAACGGCGCAGCGAAUGCUUUUCUCUGCUUUACUUAAGCAGAAAAAAGCCUCCUCUUUGUCGCAAUUACCGUGUGUCCUGCUAGCGUCUUUCUUGUGCUACGUGCCUUACUGCAGCGGUGUGCUCCACUCAUCACUGGCGGUGCGUCUGGAGCGUCGCGACGGCGCUGCGGCGGACGUGUUGCCUCUGUACGAGGCGACGCUCGUCGCGGCCAGCGUCGUCGUCACCGCAGUCACUGAUGCGGCCUGGCCAACGGCGCAGCGAAUGCUUUUCUCUGCUUUACUUAAGCAGUCUAUGGGCGCGGAUUGGCCAGAAGUUGACCCUGAACUCCGCGUUCCAUAUUCCAAACUUGCUGAGCUAACUGGCAGGGGCUCCGUGAAUUGCUGGUGGAGUAGCGCUCUCGCAGCAGAUCUCAUCACUUUUGUCGCCAGGGUUGGCAGUGGCGAGCUGUGCUCUGACUUGUAUGUCUUUAUGUGCCGCGCUGCCGCCCACGCCCACGCUGACCUCCAGCCAUCACUCGCUCUACUGCUGCUGCGUCUGCAGAAAUGCUUGCCUCAAUCUGCACCUGUUACGGCUAGCUGGACUAGCCUUCCUGCAGUGCUGCAAUGUCACCUCAGUGGCACGCUUCUCUUCAGUGCCACCAAGGACCGCCACGGCCCCGACGAGCUGCGUAUGAGCACCGCGUGCCUAAAGGACGUCUGUGACGCCGCCUCGGAUGCCCUGGCGCGUGCAGUCACCUGUGGUACUGAAGCGGCGGUCAGCGCGACGCGCUUGCGACAGCUGGAAGAUCAUCUGCAGUGUCUGUUUGCCUUGUUGAGGUGGCGAACUCCUGGUGCCUCUGAUGUCUGCCUGGGUUCUCUGGUGGCUUCAUUAGCGCAAUUUUGGGACAGGAUCUCGGUUAAGUGUCUGGGAUGCAGCGGAGGCAUAUGGCUCGUGAUGCGUCUGGCGAUGGUCACUUCUCGCGUCACUGAUCUUAUGGACGACCUUCAAGUCGCGCAAUUGUUGCGUGUGUGCCUUGAUGCCACAAGAAAGCUCUCCUGUAUGAGCGUCUCUGAGAAGACUUUAGUGGGGGAGGCUGUCAUCGAAGUGUGGAAAAGCUUGUCUGUGCGAACUUUCAAGCAGCCUCUUGGCUACAUCGCUGAUAACCUCGCAGAAUUGUGUUGUUUGCUUGUCUCGGAAAAUCAACAUGCCUGGCUGUGUCAGCGAGCGAUGGAGGCCUUCGUGUUCUUCGCCCACCGCACGCCACACAAGGAGAUCGUUGCUGCCAUCUUACAGCGUUGCUCGCCGGCGGUUAAGCAAAGAUUACAGAAGUUUUUGAUGCGGGAACCGCAUGCUGUGCCUUUAAAAACGCCAUCUAUGUCCGCACUAUCUCACUCCGGUGGUGCAAUAUGCGGCUCUCAGUGCAUGCCUUUUUUCCUGUUCCGUCAGCAAUGUGUAUCAAAUUCGAGGAAAAUUUCUCACGUAGAAAAUAUUGUGAGUGAGUCAAGUGAAGUAACGAAUAUGCUUGCCUCCAAUGUUCAAUAUUCUGCCGACCAAAACCUGACUGAGGCACAGGAAUAUUUUAGCAAUGAUGCUACAGAAAAUGACUCGAGUUACCAAGCAGCCGAUAAGAGACGUCUCUCUUCUGAGGAACUCGACAUUCUUGCCAGUAUUUCAAAAAAUAUUUCUGUGUGCCAGAACUUGAUUGAAACGUUCAAAUUGGGUGAGCAUUCGUAUUUAACUGAAAUGCAUUUUGAAGAUGCAUUAAAACACAGUGAACAGAUGACGCUAUUGCUCACAGCGGCAAGCGCUAAACCUGUAAAACGUAGAAGAAAUAGCGUCUUUGAGAGCUGACGUCUGACCGAUAUUCUGGUGCCAGUAUUAGAUUACGAUUCAUUUGUUUUCCUACCGUCGCUUAUAUACCUGCUGAAAAGUUUUAUUUACGAUACUAUUAAGUAAACAUUGACGUUCA